AAACUCAUAAUGCUAUUCCCGUAAUCCGAUUGAUCGACCCGAGCAAACUAAAGUGUCCUACACUCGUAAACAUUAACCGAGUUACCAAGGUGGCAGUAUUCUUCCACGCACGAUUGAACCGAAUCGAAUCGAGCUGAAUCGCGGCCUGCUGCAGUCUGCAUCUACCUGGAGAUUCCGAGGGACUUUCCUCGUGAGCAGCAGUAGCGGCUCAGCGGCAGAAGAGCUCUCGUUUUGGACUUCCUUCCUCCCUCCCUCUGCAGUUCCAGCUCCCAGAGUCCCAGUACUCCCAAGCCCCCACGAUUUUAUAUACUGCGGAGCCGAUUCAUUUUAGAACGAGGGGCCGAGUAAAGCAGAGCAAGAAGCCAAACCCCUGUCACGCACGCACGAUCGAGGCGGAGGAUCAUCGAACGAUGGAGAUGCCGCGGUGGCCGCCGGGCGCCGGCGCGCUGCGGUUCGUGGGCAUGCUCAAGCAGCCGGAGGAGGAGGCGGCCUUCGAGCUGCACGAGAGCGACGUCGUCUGGCCGGCCGGUGACGGGUGGGCGCCCGAGGUGCCUGCGCCGCGGCGGCAGCGCCACGCCGUGCCGCAGAGCUUCGGGCUGUCGUCGCUCCUCGCCGAGGGCGGCGGCGGCCUUGAGCAGCAGCAGGUGGGGGUGGGGGUGGCCGUGCCGGUGAGCGCGGCGGCGGCGGGGAAGGGCCACGGCGGCGGCGCGGCGCCGAGGCAGUCGGCGCCGGUGAGGGUGCCGACGUGGCCGGGGAGAGCGGCCAAGGGCGGCGCCGAGAAGGCCCGCGAGUCCGAGGAGGAAGACGAGGACGAUGACGAAGAGAUGGUGCCGCCGCACGUGGUGGCGGCGCGGCGGCACGCGCGGUCGUCGUCGGUGCUGGAGGGCGUCGGGCGGACGCUCAAGGGCCGCGACCUCCGCCGCGUCCGCAACGCCGUCCUCCGCCAGACCGGAUUCCUCGACCUCUGAUCCUGAACCCCCUCAACAGCCAAUCUCAAUUUCGAUCCGCCAGACCGCCAUGAUCAACAACAGCUUUGAGAAUCAGCUCCUGCCAUUUCAGCAGCCGCCCUCUUAAUUGUAAUCUUCAGGGUGAAAAAAUCGAGCCCUUGUCUAUCAUUUGUCGGUGUCUCAAGACACCUGUAUUGAAUCUCAAUACCACAUUCAAUUUCACUGGCUCUGGAUCUAACCUGCCUUCGACGCAUUUGCUGCUGCUGCUGAA